AUGGUGGUUACUUGCUAUUUUAUGGAUUCUAAUUGGCUACUCCAAAAGAGGAUUUUAAAUUUUUGCAAUGUACCUCCUCCACAUUUUGGUAUUGUUAUUACUAAAGCUUUAAGAAACAGUUUUAUUGAAUGGGGCAUUUUGGAUAAAGUAUUUACAAUAACUGUUGAUAAUGCAAGUGCUAAUGCUGCUGCCAUUGACAUUUUGAGAGAUGAUAUUGAGUUGAGGGGUAGUUUGCCUAUUGGGGGGCUUAUGUUUCAUGUUAGGUGCUGUGCUCAUAUUACCAAUUUGUUAGUACAAGCAAGGCUUUCAGAAAUAGGGGAUAUAAUAGAUUCUGUUAGGCAGGGGAUUAAGUAUAUAGUGGUUUCUGAGAGUCGGUUGAAUGUAUUUAGUGAUAUAGCAAAGCGGUUGGACUUGGGUUGUAAUAAACUUAUUUUAGAUGUUCUUACCCGAUGGAAUAGCAUCUACUUGAUGUUGAAGACUGCAAUUAGGUUCAAGGAAGUGUUUCCUAGAUACCAUAGAGUAGAGCAAGCUUUUCUGUGGGUGAUAAGUCCUGAACAGUGGGAUAAGGUUGAGAAUGUGAACCAAGUUUUAGCUGUUUUCAAUUAUGUGACCAAUGUUGUUUCUGGCAAUGACUACCCUACAUCCAAUCUAUUUCUACCUGAGGUGUGGAGAAUGAAAGAAAUGGUGGAUAUUAAGGCUGCGGAUAAGAAUGAAUAUAUAAGAUUAAUGGCAGCUAAGAUGAGUGAUAAAUUUGAUAAGUAUUGGGGUGAAUCUAAUAUGGUGAUGGCCUUAGCUGCUGUGUUGGAUCCAAGAUACAAAAUGAAGUUGAUUAGGUUCUGUUUUCUAAUCAUUUAUCCACUUGAUGUUGGUGGUGAUAACAUAAAGACUGUGCUGAAUACUUUGAAAGAAUUGUUUGAACUUUGUGUUGCUGCCCAUAAUGCAUCUAUCAUUCAACAACAAGCAUCUGCUGAAGUCAUUGCUACUUCUACUACAGUUGCCUCUGUUACAGAGAAAGUUUCUGGUGGUAGAUCACGGUUUAGGCAACAUGUUAGAAGCAAUGACAUCAUCCGGCCCAUAAAAACUGAUUUGGAUGUUUAUCUUGAAGAAGAUGUAUUCAUUUAUGAUAGUGAGAAUGGUGAAGAUAGUGAUGCAAACUUCGACGCUUUAGGAUGGUGGAAGUCCAAUGCCUUAAAGUAUCGCAUCUUAUCUAAGAUGGCACGAGAUGUAUUGCCUGUUCCAAUCAGUACAGUUGCUUCAGAAUCAUCUUUCAGUACGGGUGGUAGAGUUAUUGAACCCCAUAGAGCAUCAUUAUCAAUUGAUACUGCUCAGAUGCUCCUAUGUGGUUCAGAUUGGAAAAUGGUGGAAGUGGAAUUGCCAAAUUUGCCGUGA